GCCAUCCGUGUUACAGCGGAGGGGGGUUCCUGGCGACCAUCUUUUAUGUGCGGACUGAUUGUUUUGUGAAAAGAAAGCAUUAAAACACAAAUAAAGAAGAUUUGAGAGAAAGAGAAAGGAAAGACUGAGGCGAACCCAUAAAGGUCAGUGAUAGACGGUAUGAAGACACUAUCCUAGUCAAGAAGUCAUGGCUGAUAAGAGAAAACUGCAAGGUGAAAUAGAUCGAUGUUUGAAAAAAGUCACAGAGGGUGUAGAACAAUUUGAAGACAUUUGGAAAAAGCUUCACAAUGCUGCUAAUGCAAACCAGAAGGAAAAAUAUGAGGCAGACCUCAAGAAAGAGAUUAAAAAAUUGCAGCGUCUUCGAGACCAGAUAAAGACAUGGGUGGCCUCCAAUGAAAUCAAAGACAAAAGGCAGCUAGUGGACAAUCGGAAACUCAUUGAAACGCAAAUGGAGCGGUUUAAAGUAGUGGAGCGGGAGACAAAGACAAAGGCCUACUCCAAAGAAGGGCUGGGUCUGGCACUGAAGGUGGACCCUGCUCAGAAGGAGAAGGAAGAGGUUGGCCAGUGGCUGACUAACACGAUAGAUACUCUAAACAUGCAGGUGGACCAGUUUGAGAGUGAAGUUGAAUCUCUCUCAGUCCAAACCCGUAAAAAGAAAGGAGACAAAGAGAAACAGGACCGGAUAGAGGAGCUGAAGCAGUUCAUCGAAAAGCACAGGUACCACAUCUGCAGGCUGGAGACCAUUCUGCGCAUGCUGGACAACGACUCUGUGCAAGUGGACUUGAUUCGCAAGAUCAAGGACGACGUGGAGUACUACCUCGACUCCUCCCAGGACCCGGACUUUGAGGAGAAUGAGUUCCUCUAUGAUGACCUAGACCUGGAGGACAUCCCCCCGCCAUUGGUGGGCCAAGGUCAAAUGGACGACGAGACCUUCCCCCACUCCAGCAGCACGCCCAACUCCACCACCUCCUCCUCUCCCAUACCUGCUUCUUCUGCUCCUUGCACUGCGGAGAAUUCGGAGGAUGAUAAGAAAAGGGGACGGUCCACAGACAGUGAAGUCAGUCAGUCACCUGUAAAGAAUGGCAAUCCCUCAUCGUCACUGUCGUCGUCCUCCUCCUCCUCUUCUUCUGGGACUUCGUCCUCUUCACUUGUCUCCAUGACAAAUGUUGCAGGGGGCAAUGGGGGCAACAGUCUCCUUGGCUGCAUGGGGGGGCUUCUUCCCAAUUCUGGCAGCUUCAGCACAGCAAUCCAGCAGCAGCAAACUCAGCAGCAGCAGCAGCAGUCCCAGCAGCAGAGCCAGCAGCCCCCCCAGGCUAAAAACUCUUCCAGCUCUGGACUUCCCUCCAACAGCUCCUCCAGUCCGGCAAAUCUCCUCCUGCCCGCGCCUGCUGCCUCUUCUCCUCCCAGCUCCAGUGCGCCGGAUCCAGUUUCCCAGAAUUCCCAGCCCCAGACCCCCUCAGGGCAAUCCUCAGCCUCCGGCCUGGGGCUUGGGCUGGGCCUGGGUUUGGGCAAAGGCGUCGUCACGGGAACGAGCGGCGCCAGCCAAAUCUCUGGCUUGGGUCUGUCUGGGAUGCCGGCGUCCCUCAGCACCAUGGCCGGCCUCCUUUCAGGCUCCGCCCCCGCCCCGUACGCGCAGGCAGCUGCUUCAGGUGGGGUGGGGGGUGGACUGGGGGGGUCAGCUGUGGGUAAUAACGGCAAUGCAAUAUCCAGCGCGGGCGUAACGGGUGGAAGUAGUAGCGGAGGCGCGAUGUCUGCGGGCUUGUUGGGCUCCAGUCCCGGACUUGGCGGUGUCGGCGGUGGGAUUUUGGGCUUAAGCACGGGUCAGGCCGUCAUCCAGGGACAACCUCAGGUGGCUCACAGUCCGGCUGCCAUGGCGCCCGGCGCUGCGGUGGGGGUGAUGGGCGGCAGCGGCGGAAACGCGGGGGCCGGCGGCGGACCGGCAGGGGGGAGCGGCGCCGCGGUCAGACCACCCAGUGGCCAAAAACAGAACGGCAGCACGAGUUACAGUGCGGUAGUUGCCGACAGCACGCCGGAUUCCGCCCUCGGCAGUGCCAGCCAAUCGCAGAACAGCCAGCCCUCAUCCUUGAGCUCUGCCGCCAAUCCUCCUAAGGACAACGGCCCCAGCCUCCUGGGUUCCAUCACACUGCCUCCCAGCUCCCCCUCCCCCUCGUACAGCGAAAGCAAGCCGGGCAGCGGCAGCCUGAUGAACGGGCCGCACUCCUACUCUCAGGCCUCCGACAGCAUCAAGCUCGCCUCAGACCUCCGUCAGAUACUGAUGGAUUCGAGGGCUGGACCCCAGCUAGGAGAGCAGCCUGGACCCAAUGCAGCAUCCACAAACACACGAAAGAGAAAACAGUGUCAGGCUCCUGAGCCUCUCAGCUCUCUGAAGUCCAUGGCAGAGAGAGCAGCACUGGGCUCAGGCCUGGAAGGAGAGAUACCUGCCCUGCACCUCACAGACAGAGACAUCUUCUCUGGGUCAACGGCCCCCCCGGGGCCCCCGGCAGCUCCUCAGCCUUCCGUAUCGGAGGUCAGCAUCCCCCCCUCGCUGGGAGUGUGUCCCCUUGGGCCCGUGCCCCUGUCCAAAGACCAGCUCUACCAGCAGGCCAUGCAGGAGUCGGCCUGGACGCACAUGCCCCACCCGUCCGACUCCGAAAGGAUCAGGCAGUACCUGAUGAGAAACCCGUGCCCCACCUUGCCUUUCCAUCACCAGGUGCCCCCUCCUCACUCGGAUUCUGUGGAGUUCUACCAGAGGCUCUCCACAGAGACGCUCUUCUUUAUAUUCUACUACCUGGAGGGCACGAAGGCGCAGUAUCUGGCAGCUAAAGCCCUGAAGAAGCAGUCGUGGCGAUUCCACACCAAGUACAUGAUGUGGUUCCAGAGGCACGAGGAGCCUAAGACCAUCACGGAUGAGUUUGAGCAGGGGACCUACAUUUACUUUGACUAUGAGAAAUGGGGCCAGAGGAAGAGAGGAUUCACGUUUGAGUACAGGUACCUCGAAGACAGGGAUCUGCAGUGAAGGACUGACGGAGACAGAAAUGGGGGGGGGGUAAAGGGGGAGAAUGUACCCCUUUCAACAUUCCUGGGCUGAGAUAACACAUUGGAAAGAGGUGGAGGUGAUACAAAGAUACUGAGGGUGGGGGGGGGGGGCGAAUAAAUGUUAUUUUUCUUUGAUUCCUUUCCCUGGAGUUAAGCCCCUUUGUAAUUUAUCGUUUCCACUGAAGGUCUCUAUUACUUCAUUUGAAGUGCAGGCCUUUGAAAGCUCCAAAAUUCUAUUUUAAAGGCAGUUAAAAAAGAAGCAGUUCUGUGGAACUUUUAAGUAUCCAGGUUACUUGAACCUUAAAACAGUGCGCAGCAGAGCACCCAGUUAGACAGCGUAGGACUUCGCUAAUGGGCCUGGUGAAGCACGUGAGAAGCCCAAUCAGGUGAAGCCACAGAGAAGUCCAGGACCGCAACAUUUCAUGGCCAUUUGUCGCAUGCCAGCAUCUGCAGCCUGCAUCCUGUGAAACGAGUCCUGCCAAUGCAGUGUUUCUCUAGAUUGUGUUUUGGACAGGAUUUGUAGACAAAGUGCAAUAAAUGCACCCUAUUCAAAAUUUUCUGCAUCCCAGCACCUUGCACAAGGUCGAGUUUGCAUCUUUGUCAGACCAGACGUGGAUCGUCAGCGUUCGUUCCCCCUGUCGAUCCCCUUAAAUCAUCGUCUCCUGCUGUGGAUGACCACGAAAGGACCAGCACUGGUACUGAAACUUUUUUGUUUGUAAGAGUAUUUUUGCAAGCCGAAGGAAGCCAAGAGGCAGAAUAGAAAAAAACCUUAAUGAGUUUUCACUGACAAUGCCUACGUGAUUCAGUUUCUAGUGUGACAAAUAGAAAUGGCCUAAAUCAGUCAUUUGCACUUCCAAACAAGUUAUUUCAACUAAAUAUCAAUUGUUUUACUCUCAGAUAAUGUCAGAAUAGUCUUUUUGUGAGGCUUUUAUUUUGUAGAAGCGUUGCGUUUUUUCUCUGCCUUUUUCAGAGGAAUGUGCAGUGCCCCAAUUCUGGGAAUAAAUUCUGUUUUCUUCCUGACUGUAUAGUAAAGGAAUCAAAAUUACUCUCACAAAAUGGCGCUAAUGCUGUCAUUGUUUUCAUUUCGAUUUAAAUGUGCUCUUUUUGAAACGUCUUUGCUGGAGCAGAGUGCAGUCUUGAGUGACACAAUUUUAAUGUAUUACUCCAGAUAGAAAAAUAAUUUCUAAGAAACUGACACCUUUUAGAUUUUUUUUUUUUUUCUUUUGGAAAAAUAAGCAAUGAGGUAUUUGGAAUACAAAGAAUCAUUCAGUGGGAGUUUUUUUUUUUCUUUUGUUUGCUGGAAGGAAUAGGUAAGGCAUGUGACAUUGAAAGCUACAAUGUGAAUUACUCCCUAAAUGUUGUAUAGACUCGUCCUCUUUUGUUGUCAUUCGGACAGCUAAUGGCUAAUAACUCUAUUGGAGUUGAGAGAAAAAGACAAGCAAGUAAGACUGAGAAAAAAAAGAUUGUAAAAUAUUAAAAUAAUUACUUUUCAGAAA